UCCAAGGAGACGAUAUACGAUGAGCACAAGAUAACAGGCACGGUACUGGACGACAACAACGCAGCGAGACGUUACACGCAGCCACAUGAAGACACGUGGGGUGAAGCCAUUCCCGUCGUUGGGAAACCGAGACUGCAGAAAGGUUUCCUAACAAUUGGAAUACCAACAGUGUGCAGGGAAAAUGGAACAUACCUAUUGUCAACGUUACAGUCACUGAUCGACCACAGCACUGAAACUGACCGCCAGAACACAACUAUUGUUAUUUCUGUGAACGAUCACAACGCCACCUAUAUUUCGGAAUUGAAACAUUCUCUCACAGAUGAGUUUUCAGCGUAUGUUCUGAACGGAUUUAUUCAUGUGAUAACACCGCCAGAUAGCUACUACCCGCCUUUAGACUCACUGAGGUCAACAUUCGGAGAUGCAGAAUACAGAGUCAAAUGGAGGUCAAAACAGAAUCUUGACUAUGCAUUUUUAAUGAACUAUGCAAAAGGUUUAUCCGAGUACUAUUUGCAGCUGGAGGAUGACGUCACAGCCGCGGAAGGAUACGUACAAAAAAUAAGGUCCUACAUCCAGGAGCGGAAGCACACGUGGACGAUGCUGGACUUUUCAGUCAUGGGUUACAUUGGAAAACUUUACAAGAGUAUUGAUAUUCCUAAACUUGCGAACCUCUUGCGAUCUUUCUACAACGAACAACCAUGUGACUUCUUGCUGUUGCAUUUUCUGAAUCUGAUGUUACAAAAGAAACGAUUUGUCAGAAUUCCGACGCUAUUUAAUCACGUGGGUUAUCAUUCUUCAUUGAGUAAUACGACCCGUGAUAUGGUGGAUGUGUACUUUGAAGGUCGUGUUAAAAAACACAAGGGAGAUAAUCCACCAGCUCAGUUGUAUUCCACUAUAGACACAUUUGAAGACAAUUAUAUUAGCAUGGCUUAUAACAAAUCACAAACUGGAAGAUUUUUCUGGGGACGAAACCCCAAUUCUGGAGAUACAAUUACUGUAAUAUUUGAUAAUCCCCAGGAUAUAAGUGGUGUUGCCAUAGAAACGGGUCAUUUCGCUGACCCGGAAAGAGACCGGGCACAUGACGCCAUUUUGGAAUAUGGCAGGCGGUAUACAGCUUUGGUUAAACCGCCAUCUUGUAUUCCUGUUGCUUUGAUAGGAUCAUUUACGGAAGGUCGCUUGGAUUAUCACAACGGAACCAUUUCAGAUGUACAAUGUUUACAGAUAACACUUAUGGAAAAACACAAACAAUGGUUGAUAGUGAAAGAAAUCGCUGUGUUCCUGAAGAAGUUUUAGGUAGAAAUGUUUCAUAUUUACCUAUCAUUUCAUGUUCUUGACCCACAGGUCACACGCAACCUCACCUUCUAUAGAUGUAGAAGUUUAUUUUUAAUUUUUUUAAUUAACGCAUGAAGUUUGAAUAUGUCUUGAAUGCGGACUAAAUGUCCCAGCGUUUCAAGCGUCAUUUGUCAGGAAUUAUUUUUACAAAAGGAAUUUGUUUCCGAGGAAAUCUUCCAACCCAAGAAUAAUCUUGAACACAAAUACUCGUUGGCUACAGAAUCUUUAUCGGUGAUGUUGGAUCUCAGUUCAAUUGUUUCACUAUGUAUUGAUCAAAAUGUAAAUAAUAAGAAAAACGCUCCGAUUUAUUUAGACAUCCCCCUUACCUAGAAACAUAGAACAAAGAUAUGGAGCUUAGUGAACUAUCAAUCCAGAAAGUUCAGGAGCAAAAUGCAUUAUUACUCAUUAAUAUGUGUACAUGAAAGUAAAAGUGUUCCUUCAUUUAUUUGCAGAAUUUUACUCACAGUGCAAUAAAUACCACGUGAAGAAACCUUGAAAGGAAUAAAGGAAUAGUUGUA